ACCGCCUCUGUUUCUCACCUGCCACUUGUUAUUUCAGAGCAGCUUCCAGGAAAUGAUGCCUAAGAAUUACACACACACUUGUAAACCUGAGAGAACUGAACUGAGAAAGGAAUCAGGAUAUGUGAGUGAGUGCUUGUGCAUGUGAAUGAGUUGGAAUUUCAUUUCAUCAUGAGUCUCAAAAACAGGAGAUUCUCACUGGACAGCUCUGUGAAAAGCAGCGGGAAGAAAUCGAGACACAGCCUGAGUCUGGACGAGGCCCGACUGGAGAUGCAGGACUUUAAUAACAGCCUCACCUCCAGCAUGUCCGUCAGGGAUAAGACCAUAGCAGAGGAGAACGAGGAGUGCUCACAUGAAAAUCAUAGCUCCCAGAAGCACAAUAAAAUCUUCCGCAAGCUGUUCCCAGAUAUUCCCGAGGGGGAGAACCCGACACACGUGUUCCCUUGUGCCUUGCAGAAGGAGGUGUUGUAUCACGGAAAACUCUUUGUUUCUGAGAACCAUGUGUGUUUUUACUCAUCUGUGCUGCUCAAAGACACCAAGGUGUUGAUUCCUACAUCCAGUGUCAGGGAGGUGAAGAAACAAAACUCAGCGUUGUCGAUGUUGUCGCUCCAAACUGCUGAUGGAGAGAAGUACUUGUUUGUUUCUUUGAGGAACCGUGAGAUGUGCUACAAACUCCUGCAAAGCGUCUGCUCAUAUGCACAGGGAGAGAGCACAAACAGCAGCCCUCACCUCUCCUCCGCAGAAAAUCAAGCCGAUCAUGAUGUGGUGUCCAGUUAUUCCAGUCUGGACGACAGCGUGGAUCGAGAUCUGAGCCGACAAAACAGCAUCGAUUAUGACAACUUUCCUGAGAUAGGCAGUGAAGGUCCAACAAGCAGUUCCACUCUUCACAGCAGCUUCACGGAUAAAAACGAUAGAGCUGUAUUGUGGAUCUGGAGUGUCGUUGAGAAGGUGGUGCCAUUCGUCAUCCUCAGAGAAAUGAGGAAUCUCAGCUUUUUCUUCUACAUCUACAUUAUGUUAAUUGUGAUGCUGCUGUUGGCGUCUGGAUACAUGUUGCUGAAGAUCUUUGCGCUGGAGGAGCAGCUGAACUCUUUGGGAGCCUUGACUGAGCUGUCUCUGCACCACAGAGAGUACCAGGAGACGUAGCCUGUGGCAGAGGAUUGAUUCUUCCAGGACAUCGUGCAAUGUACCACUGGGUUCAGAUCCCACCCUGAGCCCUGUCUAGACACACUCCCAAGAGCAUCUUAAAACUGAGACUCCAUCCCUGUGACACGCACUAUAUCUAGUCUUACACUGUUAUUGCACGUAUCGCUGCCCUGACUGUAGAUAUUUUAACUCCUGUACUCGCACCAUGUCAUGAAGAGAAGAUUUGUUAGACGUGCACUGAUUCAGAUGAAAAGAAGUGUGGCUCUCCUGCUCUGAAACAUAUGGACUCGACAUGUUUGUUUCCUGGCUGUUGAAGAAGCUCAGCUUGCAGAGGCUACAAUCUGACCGUCGUGUUCUCGGAUCAAUUCAACCUACACAAGAAAAAAACGAAGCACGUUUGUUGGUCAGUUGAUUUUAAAUGAAUUACUUGUUUUAAAAUUUCUCACUGUAAAUUAACAGCUGUAGUCAAGGUGUUGAGAAUGACUGUUAAUGACAGCAAUAAGCCAGCAGAGGGCAGUCACUACCAUUUAACUUGAUUGGGCCACAAUGACUGGAUGAAAUUUGCACUUCCAAGAGUUUGAAGCUCAAGAAAUAUUAUAUACCUUGUAAAGGUUUUACUGCAGACCUUCAGGCCUAUCAUUCCUGUUAAUAAAUACUUGACAUUUAGUUCAUGUUCUGUAUAUGUGAUAACAAUAUUGAUUUUAUGUCAGCUGUGAUAAUAUAUGAAUUCAAAUUCACGGGUAUUGUUUAAAACUAUUUAUGAAAUCCUUUUUCACUACUUUUCCAGACUUAGCCUGCAUUGCUUCAAUCUAAUGGAAAGACUGUGUGAUUGAAUGUAUUUUUAAAAACCCGGUGUCAGUGUGGUCAUAUCAUGCGAAUGUCAUUCUGUACAUAAAGUCUUCCUGACAAUAUGAUCUUGUACAAUCUUAUAUUUGUUUUUAAAAUCAAUACAGUCCCUUUAAUAUUUUUGUA